CAAAAGGAAACCCAAAACAUCAAUACCAGGAACGCAAACCCCAGCCCAGAGGCUGUGAAGGCAGAGGAAGCCAGCAGGUGGACUCCGAAAGCCCUCAUAGGAGGAGAGGCUUCCUGUGGUGGUGGCGGCACACGAACAGAGCCCGUGGAGGAGCCGCUUCUCCUCCUUGCCUGUGGCCUCCUGCUCCGACGGCACCGUCUGGCAAGCAAGAUGAAGUGGAGGAAGAUUGCCAUCCUUGCCACUCUCCAGGCACAGCUCCCAGCCACAGAUGCUACAUCAGUUCUUGGACUGACAGAUCCCAGACUCUGCUAUUUACUGGAUGGAUUCCUCUUUCUCUAUGCAGUCAUCAUGACAGCGCUUUUUGUGAAAGCCAAGCUUAGCCAGGCCUCUGAACCACAGCUGAGACCAGGCCAGGAUGAUGUGUACAAUAAACUGACUCGUGGACACAGAGAUGACUACGAUGUUCUGGGGGCAAAGCGAGGUGCAGACCCUGAGCUGGGCGGGAGACACCAGCAGAGAAGAAAGAACCCCCAGGAAACUGUGUACACUGCACUGCAGAAGGACAAGAUGGGUGAGGCAUACAGCGAAAUCGGAAUGAAGGGAGAGCAGCAGAGGCGGCGAGGCAAAGGCAACGAAGGUGUCUACCAGGGACUCAGUGCAGCCACCAAGGACACUUAUGAUGCUCUUCAAAUGCAGACUUUGCCUCCCCGCUAAGUGGGAUUCACAGACGGGAUGGGCAAGAAGGAGAGAUGCCCACACGCUUUGGUGGGGAGAGGAGGGGAAACCUUUUUCAUCUGACACAAGCACUGCGUGUUUUCUCUGUGCAAUAACCUCCUUUGGUUGGUGCACAGAGGGAGCGUGUCUGGAGUCAUCCAGUCCCUUCACCCUUUCCUCCCGAAUUAUGCAACUGCAAGCUUUUGCUAUUAAAAUGUACAUAUCUGUAAAGUUGUUUCCAAUAAUAGUGGUUAUUAGGCUGAUUUUUUUUUUUUUUUUUUUUUUGGUAAGGUCACAGCUGUUUCCACAGCUCUGCCCUACCUUGCAGGGGUAUCACGACAUGAUACAGGGGUAUCAUGGUUACAUUGCAUUUAUACAACAGAUAGGGCUGUAGUUAUUUCCUGUGGUAUUUAUCUUAAGACUGACACUUUUUGCAUUAAACUGCUUCAGUUUUUAAAAAAGUGCUCCAGGUUACUUUUUUUUCUUCAAUUGUAAAAAGUGACGUGAUGUUAGUGUAGUGCAGGAUUGAGGCUGACUGGCAACAUUUCAACAUGAAAAAAAUGAGCACCAAGCUCCCAGAAAAGAUCAAGCAGUGGCACUGCCAUUCAUCUAGCACUUGGAGCUAAAUAUGAGCCAGGUAAUCUGCAUGAGAGACUUCUCAAAAGGCAGAAGAUGAUACCCCUGUUACAAUGAAAACAAGGAGAAUGGACCUAUAUUAUCAGUUCUGGGCAACAGAAACUGUACAAAAGCCAAUUUAAAUCCAGUUCUCAAACCAGUCUAACAUCAGGUUACCUCUAAAAGAUGCAGGUGUGAUUCCAAAGAGGUACUAGGUCAAUAAUUUUGAUGAAUUAAUAAAGGCAGACCUGUGUGUGCAGGGAACAGGUGUGAGAACGGGCUGAGAUUGUGACCUGCCGCAUUCAGCCCAGCUGAACCGACUUGCACCCAACAGCAUAAAUCUUCCAGGGAAGCUGGGGAGGACAGUAUUCGAACAGGAGCUUCUAAACACAUCCUGAGCAGUGGGAUGGGUUUUUGGAAAAAUGCCCCAAGGCCCAGUAUAAAAGGGACACUCACCUCCUGCUGCUGCAGCCUCACUUUUGCCUGUGACUUACAAGGCUGCACAAUUGACACCUGCAAGAACUCAGCAAGGACAAAACCAGCCCAGCAAAAUAAAGCUUGUUUUACCUCGUGUCUGGAGUUGACCAGUUCAUUUUGUCAAUCUUCAUCGAAGAAGCAGAGCUAAAGCAAGACUGUGGGAACAAAAGUUCUACCUGGAUGAAGUUAUGUCUUCUUUUCAGGGACUGGGUGGGUUAGCAGCAGAAAAACUUGCUGAAGUUGCUGCUAUGCAAGUGACAAGGUUGUUUUACUUCUUCAGCAGUAAAACUGUACCUGCAGUAGGUUCUUGUAGCUUUUAAGGAAUAUUUCCAAUA